AUGACGGCGAGAGUAGAUGCAGGCGAACCCUUUCUCCAACAUCUGAAUGUCAGCAAGACACCAUAUGUUUUCCUCACGGCAGAGACGGACGACUUUGAUGAAGAAAUCAUUGCUGCAUGGCAGGAAGAAGGCUUCGUUACGACGUAUGUACCUUAUGGCGAUGGAGGAAGAGAUUAUAUGAACAGGAUGCAUGCGGCUCCUGAUCAGGCAGUGGGAUUGAAUGAUCAGUACGCCAUAGUAGCAUUCGGUGAUGCAGCGAGCGUAUGCCUCGAGGCCUAUGUCAAGUCUACACCCCGUCUAGCCGCCUUGAUCGCAUACUAUCCCGAUAGAAUCCCUGAUCCGCAACAAACACGGUACCCCAUGCACACGACUGUCCUAGUUCACCUCGUAGGCAAUGAGAUCAAAGUCUCCCGCACGCCAGAAGUACUCGGCAUACAAGGCAAGAAAAAGAUUAUCACAAAGAGGAUAGGGGAUGGAGCUGGUCUAGGUGGAGAGCUCAAAUUGAGCUUCCAGGCAUACAAGUAUCCUGGCGUCGAAUCUGGUUUCGCGGAGAGUGACUUGGAUGAAUACGAUGCUGCUGCCGCUGGUCUGGCGUGGAGCAGGAGCUUGGGUGUUGUAAGAAAGGCUUUACGAAUAGCCUCUGAUAUCGAGAGAGUACGAGACAACCAAUUGGACUACGCGCGAAAUGGCAAUGUCCAGAAAGCCCUUUCCAUCACCACCGCUAAACCAGCAGUUCUCCACGUACCCACCCUAACCGGUGCAUUCCACGAGGAGGACCUAGCAGACUUUUACACCGAGUUCUUCCAACCAUCACCCACAUCUCUUAAUUGCAGACUUCUCUCUCGCACUGUGGGCACCGACCGUGUAGUCGACGAGUUGUCCCUCUCUUUCAACCACAACAAAGUAAUACCAUGGCUACUCCCUGGUAUCCCCGCCACAAACCGCAGGAUCGAAGUGGUGAUUGUCAGUAUCGUAUGCAUCAAAGCAGGGAAACUGGCCAGUGAAAAGGUAUACUGGGAUCAGGCUAGUGUGUUGAUGCAAGUGGGAUUGCUUGAUCCGAAGCUGGUUCCGGACAAGUUCAAAGAGAAGGGAGUUGAGAAGUUGCCGGUUAUUGGUGCUGAGAGUGCGAGAGCGGCUGUUAGAGGGAGUAGUCGGAGGAUCAACGAGUUGAUUGAUGAGUGGUAG